AUGCGUCACGUUGCUGCUUUGCUGUUGUGUGUGCUCGGCGGAAACGCUACCCCGUCUGUGUCGGACCUCGAGAAGGUCGUCAAGUCGUUCGGGGGCGAGUUUGACAAGGAGCAGGCCGAGAAGCUGCUGAAGGAGCUCGAAGGCAAGGACGUCGAGGAGGUGAUCAAGGCUGGCAAGGCCAAGCUCGCCACCGUGUCGGUGAGCGCUGCCCCUGCUGCGGGCGCUGCCUCGGGAGGAGCCGCUCCUGCCAAGAAGGAGGAGAAGCCUGUCGAAGAGGAGGAAGAGGUUGACAUGGGAGGAGGCAUGGACAUGUUUGGCGCCGAGGAGGACUACUAG